AAUUGUUUUUCUUAAAAAAAAAAAAAAAAAAACUUUUUCUUGGAAAAAUCAUAGCCUGACAAAUUUCCAAUUAAAUAAUUCGUCCGGAUUGACACGAAAGGGCAAACAUCAUCUUAAAUUUCAAACAAUGAAUCUCACUAUAAAAACCGUAACAAAGCAAACUACAACAUCAACUAUUUCAUCAUCCUUUGCCACUACCACCACAAUUUAAUAAAUAAAUAUUAUACUCUCUUAUAACACAUAACAUGGAAGAGAACAAGAAAACUGUGGAUGGAAGUGUUGAUUUCACAGAAGAGCAAGAAGCUCUAGUGGUAAAGUCAUGGAACGCAAUGAAGAAUAAUUCUUGUGACCUGAGUCUCAAGUUUUUCACGAAAAUACUGGAGAUUGCUCCACCAGCUAAGCAAAUGUUUUCAUUCUUAAAAGAUUCAAAUGUUCCUUUGGAGCAAAAUCCUAAGCUUAAGCCUCAUGCUAUGUCUGUUUUUCUCAUGACAUGUGAAUCAGCAGUUCAGCUGCGUAAGGCUGGUAAAGUCAGAGUGAGAGAAUCAAAUUUGAAGAAGUUAGGUGCCACUCAUUUCAAAACUGGUGUGCAAGAUGAACAUUUUGAGGUAACAAAACAAGCUCUUUUGGAGACAAUAGAAGAAGCAAUACCUGAAAUGUGGUCUCUAGCUAUGAAAAAUGCAUGGGCAGAAGCUCAUGAUCAGCUUGCCAAUGCCAUCAAAGUUGAAAUGAAAGAAGCUCAUGAUCAGAUGGACAAUGCCAAUUUGAUAACAGUUAACAUGGAAGAGAACACAGGCAGUUGUUUCACUGAGGAACAAGAAGCUCUAGUGGUGAAGUCAUGGAAUGCAAUCAAGUACAACUCUGGAGAUCUGAGUCUCAAGUUUUUCAAGAAAAUCCUUGAGAUUGCUCCACCAGCUAAGCAAUUGUUCUCAUUCUUAAAAGAUUCAAAUGUUCCAUUGGAGCACAAUCCUAAGCUCAAGCCUCAUGCCAUGUCUGUCUUUCUUAUGACAUGUGAAUCAGCAGUUCAACUACGUAAGGCUGGUAAAGUCACUGUUAGAGAAUCAAACUUGAAAAAGUUAGGUGCCACUCAUUUCAAAACUGGUGUAAAAGAUGAGCAUUUUGAGGUAACAAAGCAAGCCCUUUUGGAGACAAUAAAAGAAGCAUUACCUGAAAUGUGGUCACCAGCUAUGGAAAAUGCAUGGGGAGAAGCCCAUGAUCAACUGGCCAAUGCCAUCAAAGCUGAAAUGAAAAAAACUGAUCAUGAUCAUCAGACCAAUGUUGAAGACAAAUCCAAACCCUCCUCUUAAGUAGACUAUGUUUCUAUCUAAUUAUUUCCUUUCCUCUCAACUUCAAUAAGUUUGUUUGGGUCUGUGUUUUCUUUUGUAUCAAUGAAAUAUGAUUUAUAUAUGUUACUAUUGGGGUUUGCU